CAUUUUUUUUUUUUUUUUUUAACGCAGAGACCAGCAAUCCGUUAUGGAGCAUGCCAUUACCCCGCUGGAACCCCUGCUUCCCUCUGGGAGUUUGAAAUACUGCCUUGUGAUUCUGAACCAGCCUUUGGACAAAUGUUUUCGUCAUCUUUGGCACAAAGCUCUUUUAAAAGCCUGUGCUGAUGGAGGUGCCAACCGCUUAUAUGACGUCACAGAAGGAGAGAGGGAGAGCUUUCUGCCUGAAUUCAUCAGUGGAGACUUUGAUUCUAUUAGGCCUGAAGUUAGAGAAUACUACGCUGUUAAGGGCUGUGAAAUUAUUUCAACUCCUGAUCAAGACCAUACUGACUUUACCAAGUGCCUUGAAGUGCUCCAAAGGAAGAUAGAAGAAAAAGACCUACAGGUAGAUAUGAUUGUGACCUUGGGAGGACUUGCUGGACGUUUUGACCAGAUCAUGGCAUCUGUGAGCACUUUGUUCCAAGCGCCUCAAAUAACUUCUUUGCCCAUUAUAAUAAUCCAAGAGGAAUCUCUCGUCUACCUGCUCCAACCGGGAAAGCACAAAUUGCAUGUAGAUACCGGGAUGGAAGGUGAUUGGUGUGGCCUCAUUCCUGUUGGACAGCCUUGCAAUCAGGUGACAACAACAGGCCUAAAGUGGAACCUCACACAUCAGACGCUCAGCUUUGGAACACUAGUCAGCACUUCCAACGCCUACGACGGAUCUGGUGUUGUGGCUGUGGAGACGGACCGUCCCCUGCUCUGGACCAUGGCUGUAAAACUCUGACCAGCACUGACCUCCGUCGCUGCGCCUCUGACAUACCUCAUUUGCCAACAACAUCAUGCUCAACAAGAACAGUCCUCCUGGGCUGGCAGGAUCUAAACCUGACCCCUGGGAGGCCCGCUAGUUUUAAAGACUUUACAUGUUCUGAUCAUGCAGGGAGCGCUAUAAAUGACAGAUUUCAGUUUUACUCUGACCAGGGAAGGGGGGAGGGUCGUCAUUAUUUAAAGUAAAUAUGCUCUGUUAGAUUCAGUUGGAAAACUAAUGUGGGUCAUCUCACUCUCAAGUUCAGUCCUGAUCACUCUUAUUAAUCACUCCAGGUACCCCCAGAAAACGGCUUGUAAUUUUGAAGCUGAGAAAGCUCUGAGGUUCCGUGGUGUCCAGCACAUACACCUCCUCCUGUUGAUCCUUAAAUGCUUGCUUCUAUCUCAUAAUGUUCUCUCUCUCAGUCUUAUGUGGAUUCCCUUUCACUGAAAAAUAUAAUUCCUUCUAGCUUGGGAUGCUAGAACCGCACCAUUUUAUUCUGACCUUAACAGUUUGGGGUAUUAUCUUUUAAUGAUAAAUAAAAAAUCACUAGCCUGAUUAUUAAAAUCUAAAACAAGUAGAACCCACCCAGCUGCUUUACAUGACACAAACCCAGUGCUGCUGUAAAGAAUGAGAGCGGCUUCUCUCUUUGGUGCUGCGACAGAGGGAGGGUCACGUUGUAAGUGGAGAAAAGUGGGGCCCGUUGAACUAGCAUGCAGCUGUGCAUAAU